GAAGCGGCGCGGUCGCGGGUGUUCAGGGGUCUGCGCGGUGGUCGCCAUGGGUCCGCGCGUGCAGCUCCCGCCCGAGAUCCAGCUGGCGCAGCGCCUGGCGGGGAACGAGCAGGUGACGCGGGACCGGGCGGUGAGGAGGCUCCGGAAAUACAUCGUCGCCAGGACUCAGCGGCCCGCAGGUGGUUUCACUCACGAUGAGCUGCUGAAGGUGUGGAAAGGGCUGUUUUACUGCAUGUGGAUGCAGGACAAGCCCCUCCUCCAGGAGGAACUAAGCAGGACCAUUUCCCAGCUCAUGCACGCUUUUCGGAGCACAGAGGCACAGCUCCUGUUCCUUCAGACGUUCUGGCAAACCAUGAAUCGCGAGUGGACGGGCAUAGACAGACUGCGGCUGGAUAAGUUCUACAUGCUCAUGCGGAUGGUCCUGAACGAGUCCUUGACGGCCCUGAAGACACGAGGAUGGGAAGAGAGACAGACCGACCAGCUGCUGGAGCUGCUGAUGACUGAGAUCCUGCACCCUGAUAGCCAGGCCCCCAACGGGGUGAAGAGCCACUUCAUCGAGAUCUUCCUGGAGGAGCUAACCAAAGUGGGCGCUGACCAGCUGACGGCCGAGCAGAACCUCAGGUUUAUUGAUCCCUUCUGCAGAAUCGCUGCCCAGACCGAGGACUCCCUGGUUUUGCAUAACAUCACUCGAGGCAUCUUUGAAACGAUCGUGGAACAGGCCCCGUUUGCCAUCGAAGACCUAAUGAAGGAAUUGGAGGAAAAGGAGGAGAUGGAGGAGGGCGACGAGGAGAUGUCGGAGGGUGAGGAGCAGGAGCGGGAGCAGGCCGUGCCGGUGAAGAAGCCACCCAAAGGCUCUGUCCGUGGGGUUGAACCUGACGUGGACGAGGAGCAGGCAGAAGACGACGAGGACAGCACUGGCCCCGUCCUCCAGUUCGACUAUGAGGCCGUUGCCAACAGACUGUUUGAGGUGGCCAGUCACCAGAGCACCCCUUCUCAGAACAGGAAGCGUCUCUACAAGGUGAUCCGAAAGUUGCAGGACCUUGCAGAAGGUCUCUUCCCUGAGGACGAUGUCCCAGAAAAAGCCUACAGGAGUCUGCAAGAAGGGAGGCGGGAGAGAAAGGCCAAGAAGCGUUUGCGCAAAUCCCGGUUGCAGAACAAGACAGGGAAAGGUGGAAAGGAGGACCCGCCAGACCUGAGCUCCGGAUCUGAGGGGACGAGGAAGCGGCGGCCGGGCGCGGCGGCUGACCCAGCGGCGCCCCAGGAGCAGCCCAGGGACCGAGGCAGGAGAGGGGCUCGCAUGAGGAGGCGGCGGCCUCGGGUGGGGGCCAAAGUGAAGGUGGCCGAUGGCCGGGGGCCAGAGACGAAGACGCAGCGGCCCCUGGAGAGCCGGAAGUGAUGCCCACCAGGCCUGGCACGGGCAAGGGCACUCUCCGCAUGCCUCCCGGUUUGUGCCCGGUUGAAUGAGGAAAUGGGGCAGUCGGGCUGUGUUCCCGAGACUGGACGCUGACUGCUCCCUGACUCGCUGUGUCGGGAAGGCAGCACUUAGUGCCCGUGUCCCAGAGAGCGCUGCCCUGUGCCGACCUCAGCUGGGCCAGGAAACCCCUGAGACUGGACCUCCCCCACAGACAGCCUGCCCUUGCAGGGGACAGGCCACACGCUCUGCUGGAUGCCCAAAAAUAAAUGCUACCCACGGCUUACACACAUAGUCCUGCCCCUGGUGCGUUUGUGCAGGGCGAUGUCCAGUGGUAUGAAUUGACAGGUGCUGGUUCCCAAGCGGUGUUUAUAUCUUAUACCCAUUUCUGUGGAAGAAAAUCUGUUUGAACGUUUCUCAAACAAUCUGGAAGAAGACGCCGGUGUUAGUGGGUGUGUGAACAGGCUCUGUUUCUUCCCACUUUACAACCUUGUGCUCAGAGUUGCCGGUGAGCCGGAGCUCUGUCGCCCGUGGCUUGGGGCUGAUGUGUCCGAGGCAGGGCAGUUGGCUCACCCCUUGUCUUCUGUGACCUGGAGUUGGAACCCGAUCUGACGUCCCACUGGCAAGACCCGCCAGGCCCUGCACGCCUCUCCUUAGCUCCUUUAGCUUUGGUUCAGCCCUGCUGCUCGAUCCUGGAGGGUCCGAGGUAGCCGCACGUUUGCUGGACCCUGACCAGAGCGCCGUAGGGGAGGCAUGUUGCAGGAUGGAGGGUGCUGUGAGGAGCCCCUGGCCUGAGAAUCCCAACUAGAGGGAAAACAGAAACAGCUUGGUGCCUUGUGGGCCCCUGGUGGCUUCCAGGCAGUGCUGCAGCCGUGGCCGAGGGCUGCCCAGGUGACAGAUGGGCAUUGUCUCGGUCUGCCAGCCGGGCCACUGCUGGGCCAUGGUGUGGGGGUAAGAGGCCCCGCCUGGGGAGGACCCACAGAGGCUGAACUGAACCCUGGUCUUCCACCCCAGGGAGCCAGCGCUUGGCGGACCCCUCCCCCCAGUCCCACAGGUGGGUGAGUAGGCUGGCUCGGGGGAACAGGGUUGGGGACGAGGAGAAGGGUCAGCAGCAGUCAUCUCUUGGAGUUCACGCUUCCAUUUCCCAGAGCGCCUUGAGAAGACGUCCACACACGCUGCUGGUGGGCAGAGCUCGGUAAGGGGGCGCCGUGACCUGGCUGAUGCUCCCGAGCCCUCCCUUCUUCCCCACAGGGACCCUGGGAGGGAGGGCGCUGCUGCUGUCAGCACUGCACGUGCGCGUGUGUGUAGUAUGCUGUGUUGUUUUUGUUGAAAUUACUUUGGUCAAAAAGUAAGGAAACAGCUCUCCUAUAGAAAUUUCUGGAGGAGAGAAAAGGCAGUCAUACCUAACUAAGUUCUUAACCAGAGCCCUUCCUUGGCUAUACCACCACUGGCAUGUUCUGUUCUGUUUUCAGGCCCGUUAGGCAAACCUGUCCUUUGUCUUCAGAGCCCUCACCUAACCAGCUGCAUAUGCUCAGGACAGAACAGCUCACGGCUGUUGACUGAUUGCAGUUGCCUUGUGUCUGAUGGGCAGCAUUUCUCCCCCAGCAGGAACUGUGCUCCUUGGGCAAAAGGGUAAAACUCUGUGAGGAAACUGAACUCACUGCCGACCACUGUGCCCUCAAAAAGCUUGUGUUCAAAAGUUGGUGUAGUUUUUAUUUCCCUAUAUGUUAGUUUUUUAAGGCAGCUCUCUUGAGAGAGAAGUCACAUGCCAGACAAUUCACCCACUUUAAGUGUACAGACCAGGAGUUUUUAGUAUAUUCAGAGUUGUGUAACCAUCAGCACAGUCGAUUUUAGAACACUUUCACCCCAAAAAGACACCUGGUGUCCCUUGCCUCUCACCCCCUACCCCCACCCUGAUCCCCACCCCAGCCCCGGGCAACCGCUGAUGGACUUUCAGUCUCCACAGAUUUCCUGAUUUGGGACUUGCAAAUAAGUGGAAUCACACAGGAUGUGGUCCUCUGUGUCUGGCUCCUUUCACUGAGUGUGUUGCAGCGUUCGCCCACGUUGUGGCGUGGGCUAGCAUUUCCUUCCUUUCAUGGCUGACUCAUUGUAGGGAUAGACAAUCCGUACCGUUUGUCUAUCCAUUUGUCUAUCGGGCGCUUCCCCACCGAUAACGUGGCCGUGAACAUUCCUGUAUGGGCUUCUGCAUGGACCUCUUUUCAUUUCUUGGGUGUGUAUCUGGGAGUGGAGUUGCUGGGCCAGGAAGAGAGGUGACUGUGUGUAGUUGCUGGAAGGACUGCCAGGCUGUGUUCCACAGCGGCCACACCGUUUUCCGUUCCCACCUUGGGGGAUGGGGGCCCCCUCUUUGGAUGAGAUCCGCUCAUGGGCACAGCUCCUGGCGGGCGCCCGCUGGUGCUACUUCCCCCGUAAGCACGUGCCGUGGCCCUGCCGCAGCAGAGCAGCUGGUCAGAGCAGACCGUGGUGGCCCAGCAGUGCCCUCUGCUCACCCAUGGAGAUCCUGCCUGGCCCCUGUGCAGGGGUGUGCACACUGAGGGAGGCCCGCCCAGCCCAUCCCACCCCUGUCCCCGCCUGCUCCCCCUUGGGGCCCCAGGAGGUGACUCUUCUCAGGAGACAUGGCUUAACCAAGUGUGUGACGUUGGCAGGCAGUAAGCACCCUGAGCCUUCAUUUACCCACCUGUGAAAUGGGAGUAACAGAGCUGUGAUGGGGAUUAUGUUGCUUUUCCUGCCAAAACAAUCCCAAACUUACAGAAGAGUUGCAAAUACAGAGAGCAUUUUCCCCCCAAACCAUUUGAGAGUGUGCGCUGGCUUGAUGCCCGUCACCCUGAAUACUUGAGGGUGCAUUUCCGAUGACAGAGACGUUCUCUCACUUAACCAUCAAGUCAGAGAAUUAGCAUGGCACCUCGCUACCAUCUGACCCUCAGGCCUGUGGGACCCCAUCCCCGGCCUCUUUAGUCCCCUUCCAUCUGGACCUGUUCCUCCAUCUUUGCUUGAUGCUCGGGACCCUGACACUGCGUACGUCUCAGGCCAGUGAUCUUGCAGGACGCCCCCCACUGUGGGUUUCUGACGGGUCCUCUCAUCUAGUCUCAGGUGACGCCUCUUGGGCAGGAGCAUCAUAGAAUCGAUGUUGGUUAUCCCUGCGUCCUGCCCGGGCCACGGGGUUUCCCGUGUUCUGGUACAGAGCGGUCUCGUGAGAGUGGUUAAGUCUGUUGUGGGGAGGGACUUGGGGACUCCAAUACUGUACCCAGUUUUGCAUCAAACUUUCCAUUUAUUCGUUGAUUUACUUAUCUGAGUGGCUUAUGGUUUCUCGUUUUAUCCAGUGGGUUAUAGUCCGUUAGUCACUUAUUUUAAUUCUCGGAUUUUCCCAGUUUGGCAGUGGGAGACUUGAGGCUGGCUUCUGUUCUCUAACACACCCGCUGCUCCCCGAGCAUUCGGUGGCUUUUGUUACAUAAGAAGCCCCAGCACUGGGACGCGCCUUACAUAAUUCAUGCCAUGUUUUCAUCUCUGCAAAGCUCAGCAUGUUAUUUUAGAGCGCUGGCCUACUGGUAUGCGUGUGUGGGGGCAGAGGAGGGGUGAGUCUCCUCACAUUCCAAAGGCCCGAAGACAGCCCUCGUCCCAGAGCAGAGAGAGCCUGAGAUGAAUUGGUGCCUGAAAUUAGCUUCGUGUCAAAGCUGGGAAAAGAAGGAAGAUGCAGAGACGGGACGGCCCUGCCCAGCCCCUGCCCACCUUGAGUUCCGUGCCCACCUUUUUCGCCACACCGUGCCUGUGGCGAUGCUGAUUGGCAGGUCAGGGCAAACAGGGAAACUGACCCUGAGUGUGGCGUUGGUGUCCUUACAUUCGCCAGGGUUCCUGUCUGCCUGCUCUGCGCCCGGCUCGUGUUGGCGCUCAACAAUGUAAGUGGAGAAGCAUCCACGAGGAUAGAAGCUCGGACGAGUGAGACAGCCAAAUGCGCAUCUCUCAGUGUGGUGCUGGGGAGAAGCACAUUGCUGUAGACUGAGCGAGGGUGCUGGGGACCUGACUUUUUCUUCGGAAAACUUCACAAAGAGCAAGAGUCACACCUUGACCCUUCCCUGCCAGAGGGUGGUCGAGAGCUGAUGAAGGUGAGUUUCUCUUUAGAGAAAAAAUAAACGAAGGAGAGGUGGAAUCCAAAUAACACCAGUGUGCAACCCCUAAUGAAUUAAGGGAUCUUGGCGAUGAAAAUCCACAGGUGCUGAUGUUACAAAAAAGAAACAAGCGGACGUAUGCCUCCUGGUGGAAGAACACACCGCUGUCCUUGAGGAAGUCUUGCCAAGAAAGAAAGAAAAAGAAUUUGAGUUGCAUUAAUCCUGUAGAACUAAUACCAAUUUAUAGAAAUGCAGGGGACAGAGGAACAUCUUAAAUGACAAAUGGGGAGCCAGACAGCGUCCUUUGGUCUAGGGGCAACUCCUCAGGACAAAUAGCCUGGUUCUUGCACAGAAAGUUUGUAAGAAAAGAAAAGGUGGUGGGAGAACCUAUGGUAAAAGGGAAUUGAGACGCCAGCUAUCGCAGUCUGUAGACUAUAUUUGUUAUUCUGGUAGACAAACUAGGAAAACACAAACAGUGCUAGGACGGUAGGGGAAGUUUGAUGAUCUCAGGGGUAUUUGAAGAUAUGAAGGAGUUAUUGCUGAUUCUGGGGUGUGAGGAGGAUGUAUAUAGGGCAAGUCCAGAGACCUGAUUCUGAGCAGGACAGUUUGCUCUCAAGGGCGUCACAGGACCCCAGGAGAGCGUGAAUGAGGGGAGAGGGCUGAGGGGAUCACAGUGCGUCAGCGUUCCCUGCCCGACUUUGAGGCUGUGCUGGGGGGAGGUCAGAGAAUGUCCUUGUGUUUUUUUUUUAACUGAAGUAUAGUUGACUUACAGUAUUAUAUUGGUUUCAAGGGUACAACAUAAUGAUUCAAUAUUUUUAUACAUUACAAAAAGAUUACCACAGUAAGGCUAGUUAUCAUCUGUCACCAUGUAAAGUUUUACAAUAUUAUUGACUAUAUUCCCUAUGCUGUACAGUAUUUCAUCUCUGUGAUUUACUUAUUUUAAAGCUGGAAGCUUGUACCUCUUAAUCUCCUUCACCUAUUUCAUCUUUCUCCCUAGCCCUUCCACCCCACCCCCCACCCCCAGUCUGGUAAUCAUCACUUUGUUUCAUGUAUCUGUGAGUUUGUUUCUGUUUUUUGUUUUGUUUGUUUGUUUUGUUUUUUAGAUUCCACAUAAAAGUGAAAUCAUGUGGUAUUUGUCUUUGAUUUAUUUCACUUAGAAUAAUACCCUCUAGGUCCAUCUGUGUUGUCACAAGUGGUAAGAUUUCAUUCUUUUUUAUGGCUGAAUAAUAUUCCAUUGUGUAUAUAUUACCACAUCAUCUUAUCCAUUCAUCCAUCGAUGGACACUUAGGUUGCUUCCACAUCUUGGCUGUUGUGAAUAAUGCUGCAGUGAACAUGGGGUGCAUAUGUGAAUGUCCUUGUUUGAAGGAGGUACGUGCAAGUAUUUGGGGGUGGGAACUGUUGAAGUUAGCGAUGGUGGUUGGGGUUUAUUAUUGUAUGAUUCCUUCUCCUUUUCUCUAUGAGAUAUUACAUGCUUUUUUAUAAGAAGUAAAAGAAAUCUAUGGAGAAUAUUA